AUGGAACAACUCCUCGUCCACCAAGUCAACCGCUCUCCCACCUCCCCCGCCGUCAUCGACGGCGCCCUCACCCUCUCCUACGCCGCCCUCCUCGCCCGCGCCGACCGUCUCACCAAGACCCUGACCCUCAAGCACAUCGGCCCCCAGGAGCCGAUCUGCAUCUUCCUCGAGCCGGGCCACCGCCAGGUCACCGCACAGGUUGCCGUCCUCCGCGCGGGCGGGACCUGCGUGCCCGUUGACCCGUCCAUGCCGCAGAAGCGGCUGGGCGAGAUGCUCAGGGAUAUCGAGGCCCGGCUCGUCAUCACGAGCGAGGAGUUCGCUACCCGUGUCCCUGGCCAUGACGCCGUGCUGUUUGACGCCGUCAUCAUGGGAGCGGGAGGCGACGCAGAAUCCAACAUCGAAGCUCGUGCCACCAACGGUCAUGGGACCGGUGACAACGAACCCAACGGACAAGCCAAGCAAGCCAUGCAAGUCCCCGUCCCCGUCCCCGUCCUGGGCAGCUGCCCCGAGCAGUGGGACCACCGCAGCCACAUCCUCUUCACCUCCGGCUCCACCGGCAAGCCCAAAGCCGUGCAGAUCUCCGCAUCCAGCAUCCUGCACCUGGCAACCCGCACGCCCGUCACGCCGCUGCAGGCCACGGACCGCGUGGCGGAGCUCAACAACCCGGGCUUCGACCUCUCGCUGUUCGAGAUCUGGGUGUCUCUGCUCUCGGGCGCCACGAUCGUCGUGAUCCCCAAGCACACGGCGACGGACCCGUUCGGGCUGCGCGAUUUCAUACACACACACGGUGUGUCUGUCGUGAUCUGCCCGACGGCGCUGUUCGGUGUGAUUGCGUCGACGUGUCCCGAGGCGUUUGGCGGGGUGCGCCAUGUGCUUGUUUGCGGGGAGGCGCCGAGUGUCAAGGCUGUUAGGGACGUUUUGACCGAGGGGCCCCCCGGGGCGUUGUGGAAUGGGUAUGGGCCUACGGAGUGUACGACGUUUGUGACGCUGCAGUUGGUUGAUCUUGCCGAGACGGGGAGGGAGAGUAUUAGUAUUGGGCGGGCGGUUGGGGAGACGGUGGUGUAUCUGCUGGAUGAGGAGGGGAGGGUUAUUGGGGAUGCUGGGAGGGAUGGGGAGAUUUAUCUUGGGGGCCCUGGGUUGUCGAGGGGGUAUUUGAACCGGCCUGAGGGGCUGGAGCGGUUUGUUGAGAUCUGGCCGGAGGGAAAGGGGGGCAAGGGGGUGAGGGUGUUUCGGACGGGGGAUAUGGGCCGGUGGAGGGUUCCCUUGGAGGUGCUGGACUUCAAGGGGCGGUUUGACAUGCAGGUGAAGCAGGAUGGGUUCCGGGUGGAGCUGGGGGACGUCGAGAGGACGCUGGAGACGAUGGACGGGGUCCGGCAGGCGGUUGUGCUGCAGCAGCGUCCGACCGGGCACAAGGUGCUGUCUGCGUAUCUUGUGCUUGCGGAUGAGAGCAUCCGGGCCAGGGACGUCAAGAACUACGCGAAGGAGAGCCUGCCGCCGUACAUGGUCCCCAGCAAGAUCACGAUCGUCCCUGCGCUCCCGCUCAAUCCGUAUGGGAAGGUCGACCGCGAGGCGUUGGCGCGGAUCAGUCUUGAAGAGGACGGGGAGGUGGCCGACGGGGACUCUGGCGAGAUGUCCAGCAUUGUGAAGCGCAUGGUGCGGAGCCUGAUCCACGUCGCCGACCUGCAGGCGGACGACGACUUCUUCGAGCUGGGCAUGUCCUCGCUCGAGUCUGCCCGGCUCAUCGGCCUGCUCAUGCAGCGCUUCGGCAAGAAGGUCACCAUGGACAUGCUCCUGGAGAACCCGACCGUGGCCAAGGUCGCCUCGAUGCUCCAGGAGACCAAGCAGACCCGGCCCACGCUCGUCGACAUCGCCGUCAUGCAGGCAGACACCCUGCUUGCCGACGACAUCCCCGUGGUCCCGGACUGGCUGGCCGCCAACGAAGGCCGCGUCUUCAUCACGGGCGUCACCGGCUUCGUCGGCGUGCACCUGCUCGCCCAGCUCCUCGCCCUCCCAGGCGUGCAACAAAUUGCAUGCCUCGCCCGCAGCCGCAAGGGCCUCUCCGCACAAGCCCGCGUCGAGCACACCCUCAAGAAAUACAACAUCUGGGCCCCCUCCCAGCCACACAUGUCCAAGCUCCUCAUCCUCGACGGCGAAAUGGCCGACGAAUCCCUGGGCCUGGGCCCCGAAAAGUUCACCUGGCUCACCACCUGGGCCAGCGUGGUCUUCCACGUCGGCGCAAAGGUCAACUUCUGCGAGCCCUACGCCAGCCACUUCGCCUCCAACGUCCUCGGCACAAAGCACGUCCUCCGCCUCGCUGCCCUCGGCCGCCGCAAGGCCCUGCACUACAUGUCCUCCAUCGACACCUGGGGCCCGACGGCCCUCGUCCUCGGCACGAAACGCCUGGAGGAAGACGAAGGCCUGCACGCCCACCUCACCUCCCUCCCCUACGACACCGGCUACGCCCACAGCCAAUGGGUGGCAGAGGAGAUGGUCCGACGGACCCGCGACCGCGGCCUACCCGUCGCCAUCUACCGCCCGGGCUUCACAAUCGGGGACCCGAGCACGGCCAUGGGGAACCCCGACGAUUUCUUCGCGCGGCUGAUCGUCGGCAGCAUCAAGAUCGGGUUCUGGCCGUACCUGCCCGACCAGCGCCUCGAGUACGUGACGGUCGACUACGUGUGCUCCGCACUGCUGCACAUCGCUUCCAACACCGGCAACCUCGGCAAAUCGUACAGCCUGGUGGCGCCGGAGCACAAGCAGUCCGUCAGCAUCGAGGGCACGGGCCGCAUGCUCAAUGAGGCCGGGUAUGCGGUUAAGGAAGUCCCGUACGACGAGUGGGUUGUUCGAUUGCGGGAGUCGGACAUCGACCGCAAUCCGCUGUCGCCGCUUAUGCCGUUGCUGGAGGAGCCUGUGCUGUGGGAGCUUAGUCGGCUGCAGACGAGCAAGCAUACGCCUGUUUAUGCGGCGCCGAAUACGGUCAAGGCGUUGGGGGGGCGGGACGAUAUUAGGUAUACGCCGCUGAGUAGUGGGUUGCUGGGGAGGUAUUUGGAGAGUUGGAGGAGGGAGGGGUUUUAUGAUGUUUGA